AGGGGCGGGCCGGGCCGGGCCUGGGCUGGCGGCCGGAAGUACGGCCCGCGCCGCUCGCCUCUUUCGCUCCCGCCAUGUGCGCCUCCGCCGCGCUCCGCUCCGUGUACGCCUUCUCGGCGCGUCCGCUGGCCGGCGGGGAGCCCGUGAGCCUGGGCUCGCUGCGCGGCAAGGUGCUGCUCAUCGAGAAUGUGGCGUCGCUCUGAGGCACCACGGUGCGCGACUACACGCAGAUGAACGAGCUGCAGCGGCGCCUCGGGCCCCGGGGCCUGGUGGUGCUCGGCUUCCCGUGCAACCAGUUCGGGCAUCAGGAGAACGGCCAGGGCGAGGAGAUCCUGCGCUCGCUGCAGCACCUGCGCCCCGGCGGCGGCUUCGAGCCCGGCUUCGCGCUCUUCGAGAAGUGCGAGGUGAACGGCGCGGGCGCGCACCCGCUCUUCGCCUUCCUGCGGGAGGCCCUGCCCGCGCCCUGCGACGACGCCGUAGCGCUCAUGACCGACCCCAAGCUCAUCACCUGGUCGCCCGUGUGCCGCAGCGACGUCGCCUGGAACUUCGAGAAGUUCCUGGUGGGGCCGGACGGGGUGCCCGUGCGCAGGUACAGCCGCCGCUUCCCCACCAUCGACAUUGAGCCCGACAUCGAAGCCCUGCUGCCCGCGGUGCCCGGCUGUGCCUAGCAUGGCGCUCCUCCCCAGGCCUGGCAGCAACCCCGGGAUUUCAGCCAUGAUGGUGUUGCCUCUAAACAUGGAAGGAGGAAUGCCUGAUGUCCAAGAAAAUCCCCGGGUGGGCGCUGGUCCUGUCCUCCCCCAACCCUGAAGCCCACGUGCUUCCCUAAUAAAAGUGUGGGUGUCCGCAG